AUGGCAUCCAUGAGCGGUGCUAUUGGAUACUCAGUCGACAAGACCGCUGACCCCGACAGCGUUUUGGGACCUUGGACGAGUUUCCCUACUGCAUCUGGAGUUGUGUUGAUAUCUAAGGUGCCAACUGUCAGUACUAUAGGCAAAGCUGAAAACAGUCUCAUACAAGACUUCGGGGCUAUUAUGGGCCAUUUACGACUGGGAUUACAAGGUAUCAAAUAG